AUGAAUGAUUCGACAAUGAAGUCCGACCCCGAUCCGGAGAGCAUUGCUCCAGCGCCGUCCAACGUCGGUGAAGUUAUCCAAGACAAGACGAUUCAGCACGAUGCUGUGUUUGGCACCAUCACAACAAAAGGGCCCAACUACCGCAAUGUUGGGUGGAUUGGGACCCUCGCUCUCAUGAUGAAGACACAGAUUGGGCUUGGCGUGCUGUCCAUGCCCGUCGUCUUUGACACUUUCGGGCUUAUUCCCGGCAUCAUCGUUCUCGUCGUCGUUGCCGCAGUCACAACUUGGUCAGACUACAUCGUCGGAACAUUCAAGCUGCGUCACCGGCACGUCUAUGGAAUCGAUGAUGCUGGCCGGAUGCUGUUCGGAAAGAUUGGCUACGAGGUGUUUGGGGCUAUGUACACCUUGUACUUUACCUUUGUUUCCGGUUCGGCCAUGCUCGGUACCUCGGUUGCACUCAAUGCCCUGUCGACACAUGGUGCUUGUACAGCCGUAUUUGUAGCGGUUGCGGCCAUUGCAGUCUUCUGUCUGUCAAGCAUUCAGACCCUGGGCCGGAUGAGCUGGGUCGCUUGGCUUGGAGCCUGCUGCAUUAUAGUUUCCGGCAAGUUGCACCGUAAUCUGGUUGGAAACGCGUCUAAUCUCGCCCGAUCUACAGUCUUUGUCAUAACGAUCGCCGUCGGCCUCCAGGACAGACCUUCAGCAGCGCCCCCGGGUCCGGGCCCGUGGAAAUCUGACUACAAACUCGCAAACAAUCCGAGUUUCACCGAUGCUAUCUCUGCGGUGUCGACCCUGAUCUUUACAUACGCCGGCACCCCGGCCUUCUUCAACAUUGUUGCCGAGAUGCGAGACCCACGCCUCUACAAUCGAGCGUUGUACACAUGUCAGAUCACUGUGACUGUCGUCUACAUCGUCGUCGCGACCGUUGUGUAUUACUAUUGCGGAUCCUAUGUAUCGUCACCGGCUCUCGGCUCGGCAGGACCUUUGAUGAAAAAGGUGGGAUACGGUAUCGCUCUGCCAGGACUGCUGGGCUCCGGGGUCCUUCUUGCCCAUCUCCCCGCCAAGCAUGUCUUUGUACGGGUCCUACGAGGAAGCAAGCAUCUCACUACAAACACCGCCAUCCACUGGGUGACGUGGUUCGGGUCGACCUUCAGCGUGACGCUGGUGGCGUACCUGGUCGCCAGUGGGAUUCCCGUCUUCUCGGGUCUCGUCUCCCUCAUCGGGGCUUUGUUCGCCUCCAGCCUGACCCUCCAGCCUUAUGGCUGCAUGUGGUUGUACGAUCACUGGCAGGACUCGAGGACGGCUAGGUGGCACUGCAUGGUCGCCUGGUGCGCAUUUAUCAUCCUCGCUGGCACCUUCAUCACGGUGGCGGGUACUUAUGGGUCUAUCGUCGCCAUCGUGCAGUCUCCUGAUAGAUCGCGACCAUGGUCGUGCGCAGAUAACUCGAAUUCUACCUGA